AUGGCGGAAACAACGGCUCCCGAAGCCCCCCCGGCUGAUGCCGCCGUAGACCUUGAGCCUCUCUCUUGUGUAUCCUGCCGUGCCAAGAAGCUCAAAUGCGACCGCAGCAAGCCAGCCUGCGCUCGAUGCGUCAAGGCCAGUGGCGAGUGCCUCUAUCCGGAAUCACGUCGGAAACCGACAUUCAAGCGGAAGAAUGUCAAAGAAUUAGAAGCCCGUCUAGCUCAAGUUGAGGGCAUGUUGAAGGACAUUAAUGGAAGAGAGCCAAGCCAGGGCUCGACUGAAGACAUUGAGCCAUCAGAUGCAAGUUUUGCCAAUGUUGGUUUCGAUUCUGGACAUCACAUGCCUCAUUUGACCCCAGACCUCGCUGCAGACCCCUUCAUGGAAACGCAAUCUGGCAGCCAGGAUGGAUAUCCUCCAAGUGGUUCCCAACUCAUUGGUCUUGGCAUGACCGAGGCUUUGCCUCCCUUUGAGAUCAUCGAGGAGCUGUAA